AAACAGCAGGAAGGAAAGGAACAACGGAAACGGAACAGGCUCCCCAUGUCCUGCGAUAAGUGUCGCAAGCGGAAGGUCAAGUGCGAUCGUGGUCGCCCGUGCGAGGUAUGCAAGAAGUACAACAUGCCGCACCUCUGUCUGUACCAAGAGCCCACAUGGAAUGGAGACGAGACCGACAGCCAACCGCCCGUUAAAGUGAUACGCUGGGACGAUGGAACACCGCCAUACAUGACUGCCGCCGCCCUCCCUGUGGCGCUUAUUCCUCUGGUCUCGGGCCAAGCUUCCACCGCUAGUUUCAGCCAGAGCACCUCUACGUUCAAGUCAGUGGAUCCGGGCGCCAGAAAGGCCGUAAAGCCGGCGGUGGAACCAUCACCAACGUCUAUAACCUCCAUUUUUUCGCCACUAGAGCCGUCACCCGUGAUGGAUGAGCUCGAGAAGUUGAAGGAUAAGAUCAAGCAGAUCGAGGCGUCGAUUACCGUGACGAACAUGUCAAAUCAGGGGCAACAAGCAAAUGGAAACAUUCCAGUAUCUCCGGCUAAUGGAAACGCAACAAGGUACGGGGUUGAUAACUAUAUCUACAAAACGCCACCGCUUACCAGCCAUGGCUCUUUCCAGGGGACCUACGGGAUGCCAUCCACAUUCCCAGAGCCCCCCCAGAAGACUGCCGGCGAAGCUGGCUGCACACCGGCUUCCGAGUCCACACCUUACGCCGCCUCCGACCACAUUGACUUCUACGCGGGCUACUCGUCCAUGCACGUGACGGAAGCGCGUUUGAUCAACCAUGGCCCUCUAUCCUAUCUCUCUGUGAUGAAAAAGGACCCCUUCUUGUCCUAUUUAUGGAACCUCGUUCACGAGUGCAAGAAGCGCCAGAAGGUGUUCCCAUAUGGAUCACCCGAGCCAUCAGCAAAUGGCCACAACCCUGACGAUAAGUUCCAUAAGACGCUUCUCCGUGAUACAGGGUUGAUCGAGCUCCAGCCGUACAGCAAGAUGGGUCUGAAGCUCCAAGUGGGCGAAGUAGUGCCGACUAGUGCCACCCCCAAGAAUGAGGAUCUCGAGUUGUUGUUGGUUGAAACCAUAAAGAAGACGCUCCCGACGCAGCGCGUGACAUGGCUCCUCGUGGAACGCUUCUUCAAAUACCUCUACCCGUUUUUCCCCAUUGUGGACGAAUGGUACUUUUCUACGACGUGUUUCGAGAACAUUUUGGGAGAGAUCAAGCUCGUGGACGAGCCGUUUUUAUCAGUGAACGUGCUUCGAACCUUGGACUUUGCCAACCUCGGCAGCAUGUUCGUCAUUCUCCGUUUCAGCUACUUGAGUUUGUUAUCGAACAACGACGACAACGCUUCUGAUGACCCGGAUAUUAACUACUUGCUCGCCCAUCCUAUCGAAGCGAACGUGAUCAAGGUGGCGCAGAUGUGCCUCAACCAGUUUCCCGUCUUGCGAAAGUCGUCGUUGUUCAUCUUUCGGUGCACGUACCUUUUGCGGUUGUACUACAUCUAUGCUCCCGAGGAGUGCGACGGCGCAGAUGGCGGUGACUCACAGGUGUUCACGGGGAUGCUUGCGCAGAUGGCAAACGGGAUCGGGUUGAACCGCGACCCCUCGUCGUUUGACCAGUUAUCGGACGAUCCCCGCUUGAUGAACAUCUGGCGUAAGUUCUGGCACCAGAUUGUGACUUUUGAUGUACACAAGGGCACAAUGCUCGGGAGUCCGCUCAACAUCAAGCUCGAGUACAGCGACACGCGCGUGCCGACGUUGGAUGACCAUAAUCAGAAUAUCAAGGACCUCGCGUUGGAGAAGCUCGUAUUAGAAAAUAUCCACCAAAACACGCACCUCAACGGGGUUGUAACCGAGCUCUUGGAGUUGAUCUUGAACAUGAAGUCGGCGCCGAAAAUUGCCGCCAUCACCUCCCUCACGGACCAGUUGGAAGCGUAUGUACGCAAUAAGUUUGUCGACUUGAGAACAAUCUUGACCCCAUACAACGGGAACCACCUCGACUCCGUGCGGAAGGUCUACCACACGAUAACCUACUUGUUUGUGAACUCGUUUUUGAUCCCGGUCUACUACCAUUUGUUCCUUUUCUACGAACAGGCGCGUAGCUUGCCGUUGUGCUAUACCUACUUCGCAAAGAUGGUGCUUAUUUCCAAUGAGAUCCUCUCCACGUGUCUCAGUUUGUUAGUGGAUUGCCCCAAGUACUUUGGCAAGGGCUUUGACUUCAUUUUGACCCCGCAGUUAGAAUUUACCUGCCAUAGAGCCUUCCAAAUCCAGCUUUCGGGGAUUAUUCGUGGGCAAUGUGCCUUGUCUUUCUUCCGAGAACAGCUGCCCACCACCCCCGCGGAGACUGCCAAUAUCCAACGAAACAUUGAUAUCUUGGAAUGCCUUGUGCUGCAUCUGUUGCACUUGAAGGAGCGCCACAUCCAGGCGUUCCUGAAGAUUAGCGACAAGUACUACUACGCGUGGCGCAUGAACAAGGCGCACAAGUUUGUCUUGCUGGUGCUCAAG